UCAUCGACGUGAGUCCAGCGUGUACAGCCACAGGUACAUCAUCAUGGCUAAUCAACUGGACCACCUGCUCACCCACUUGGGUACCGGGAAGUGGAAUCUUCUCAAUAUUAUAGCUCUGGCUUACAGCAGCCACAUCUGCGUUCCACACAGUCUGGGAGCGGCAUUCCUGGCUCCCAAGGUGAACUUUACUUGCCACCAUUCACAUCUUACUGAUGACUCUCCUCUUCGGCUUUACAAUGCGGAAGCUAAUGCCACAAUUCCCACCUUCCAGGUAGAACAGUGUAGCUACUCAUACCUGAACACAACCACUGGCCUAACGGGCUUUGAGAAGUGUUCUGACUGGGACUUUGACAACUCCACCUUUGUCUCCACUGUUACGUCUGAGUUUCAGUUGGUGUGUGAACGGGAGUACCUACGGUCCACCUACCAGAGCAUCUACAUGAUUGGAGUGUUUGUUGGCGCUCCAGUGAGCGGCAUCUUCAUUGAUAAGCACGGUCGCAAGACUAUGUUGGUGGUGAGUUCCUUCACAUACAUGGUACUGGCCUUGGGUUCAAGCUGGCUGCCUAGCCUCUCACUGCUGAUGUUAUCCCGCUUCCUGCUUGGCGUUUUCCAUCUAAUCGUCGGUUCUGCCGGCUACAUCCUAGGAGUGGAGAUAGCAGAGCCACGCAUAAGAAACAUUGUAGGCUGUGGAUUCUUCGAGUUUUGGGCACUCGGCAUUAUGGGAUGGGGUGGCUUGGCUUACCUUUUGAGGGAGUGGCGUGUUCUGCAGCAAGUGGCUUCCUUAUCUGGUCUCCUUUUUCUGCCAACACUCUGGUUCAUAGAUGAGUCUCCACGCUGGCUGAUAGUGAAGGGCUAUCAUAACCGGGCCAUCAAGAUAUUGAAGAAGGCGGCACGCUGGAACAAGGUUGACUUUCCUUCUGAAUUUGAAGUUAAUCGGUUUAUUACCGAGGAGGAUCAGUGUGAUGAGAAGACGCAACCUGGAACGUCAGCACACGAAACCCUAUUCCAACGGUGCUUAAAUCAAGCUACAAUCCUUGUCAAGACACCUAGGUUACGAGCUAUCACACUCACCCUAAACGCAGUCUACAUGUUAGCAUCCAUGGUGUAUUACGGACUAUCUCUCAGUGGUGGCAUUCUGAGUGACGACCCAUUUGUGUUUAUGACACUGUCGGGGUUGAUGGAGGUCCCCAGCUACAUGGUCAUCAUACCUUUAGUGGCUCGCUUUGGUCGACGCUUUCCAGCUGUCUGUAGCUUUCUGCUUAGCGGCGCAGCACUCAUUGUACAGGCUGUAAUUCCUGCAGGUUAUAACUGGUUGGGGAUAACUUUGGCGAUGUUGGGCAAAGUAACAAUCACCGCAGCUUUCCAGACUGUUAUCUUCUACUCCAGUGAGCUCUUUCCUACAGAGGUCAGGAGCCGAGGUUUAGGAACAUGUUUCAUGAUGUCUCGGAUUGGUUCCAUUAUUUCUCCUUUUAUUAUGGAUUUUGUGGGGAAGACUUAUUCAUGGGCGCCAUUGGUUGUGUUCGGGGCCGGAUCUGUGAUGGCUGGCUUGUUGACACUGAUGUUAAGAGAGACACUAGGUAACAACUCUCUCCCUGACACAAUCGCUCAGUUGGAACAGGCUACCAAAUCAACCUCAUCUAAAAAUUGGAUUUGACUUCCAACGCCGAAGAUACGACCCCAGAAUCCUGAGCCAAACAGUGUUAGAUAUAGACUAUGUUAUGAGUUGGGGAUUUAGAAUAUA